AUGCCUGGACUGGACUGGAAUACCUCGGUCGCCGAUGAGAUUGGGCUAAACAUUGGCUUGAUGCAGUACGCUACUGCAGCCAAUGGCUCGUGGGUCGUCCUUCAACAACCUCUGCUCGAGCCCUCGUUUGCGUUCUUUGGCUGGGUCUUUCUCUUUGAUUGGGUCCUCGGCAACCGCGAAGUCGUUCCACAGCUGUACACGACGGGGACGCAGCCGCUGCAGACAGCCACCCAGAUUCUCUACUACCUUGUGGUCGCCACCUCGAUCGUUCUCGUCACCGUCGGCGGUAUCGUCUUGAUCUACGCCGUCAAGUCGCGGUUUCGGUUCAACGGCGUCAACCUCUUCUUCUUCAACCGGAUCGCUGGGGCUUCAUUUUACUAA